AUGGAUAAGGAUAUAUUGCUCAAAUCACUAGCAGGAACUCUAGAUUCUGACUUGCAAGUCAGAAAGCAGAGUGAGAGACAGUUGGAUGUCUUUGGACUGCAACCCGGAUUCACCGCUUAUUUACUAGAUUUAAUAGUAGAACUGAAUGUUCUGCUUGGAGUACAAAUAUCUGCAGCUAUCUUUUUCAAGAAUAGAGUUGUAAACCAUUGGUCGGUACCCGAGAACAAGACUGCAAGCCCUUUCACGAUCCAAGAGAACGAAAAGCAAGCAAUUAAAGAAAGAUUAAUCCAAACAUUAAUAAAAACUCACAAAAUUACCCAGCUUAGGCUACAGUUGGCUACAGCAGUUCAUAACAUACUUUCAUCUGAAAAAUGGGAGCAGCUUACAGGAAUUAUCAAGGAAUUGUUGCAAGGAAAUAGCGAUCAAGUCUACACGGGGUUACUUUGCUUAUUUGAAUAUACUAAAAAUUAUAGGUGGACAGGCUUGGAAACUGCAAACUCUAGUAAUCCAGUGUUGGAAGAAAUCACAGAGGAGAUUUUCCCAUUGUUGGAAACUUUAACCACAAACUUAAUAAAUAGUGAUGCAACGGAAAGUGAUGAAAUGCUUUACUUAAUUAUCAAAAUCUUCAAAUUUACGACAUUUUCUUCCUUGCCAAAAUAUUUUCAGGACCCUUCAAAACUUGGAACCUGGUGUGAAUUACAAAUAUUGCUCAUUAAUAAGCCCUUGCCGCAAAGUAUUCUUAAUGAAGAUUCUGAUGAAAUCAGAUCAGCUCUGCCCCGGGUCAAGACUGUUAAAUGGUGCUUUGGGAAUUUACAUAGACUACUUAGCCGUCACGGUGGCGGGUUUAGCACCAGAGAUAAAGAAAAUAACCAAUUUGCGAAAUACUUCUUAGAGAAUUUCGUUCCAGAAAUUCUAAAUGUAUACUGGAAAAUAAUUGAGAAGUGGUCUACUAAAGAGGUUUGGUUAAGUGAGGGCUCUCUUUAUCACAUGAUAUCUUUCUUGGAGCAGUUGAUUGAUACACCUGAUUGGCAAUUAAUCAACGAUAAGUUGGAUGCUAUUAUCAAACAUCUUAUUUUGCCUACUCUCAGUGCCUCCGAAGACACCAUAGAGCUAUAUGAUGAUGAUCAGGAAGAGUAUAUAAGGAGGUUUUUUGAUAUUAACAGGGAAAGCAAUACUGCAGACGUCGCUUCCAUCAAUUUUAUUUUUAGAUUGUCAACCAAAAAAUUUAAGGCCACUAUCAAUCUGGUUUUAGGAAUUAUUAACGAUAUAUUUCUCAGAAGGGCCGCAAACCGCAAUAUGGUUUCUGGUGCGAUGGAGACAGAGGGUGCAUUCAGAAUAUUAUCUACGAUAUCCUACAAAUUAGAUAAGAAGUCAUCUCCACUUCAAGGCAAAAUUGAUCAACUUCUUCAUACUUAUGUGUACCCUGAAUUACUGGAUGAAACUAUUUCCACCACUCCAUGGCUCACAGCAAGGGCAUGUGAUACGUUAGCCAUGUUCGUAUACAAGUACCAGGAUCAAAAGGUUCUUGAAGAUAUAUUUCAAGGAGUUGUAAAAUGCUUUCAAAACCAGGAUCAAUUUCCAAUUCAACUAACCGCCGUGGAUGCUUUACGUACUUUAAUAAGCGAGGACUUAGUUGCUGAACAUAUUGCAGAUCAAGUGCCCCAUUUGAUGGGAACUUUGUUGGAAAUGUCGAAGAAGAUGGAGAGUGAUAUAUUAACUAGUGUGAUGGACUCUUUUGUCGAAAAGUUCUCCAAGAACUUGGAGCCUUAUGCUCAAGAAUUGUCUUCAAGAUUAGCAGAUCAGUUCAUGGCUAUCGCAUCUGAUCUCUUGGAUAAGCAGUCUGGCGAUGAGUCAAACAUCGACGUUGAUAAGGAAUUCCAAGCAGCAGGAAUAUUAAAUAGUCUAACUACAUUGGUCAUUUCCAUGAAUUCUUCUCCACAUGUCGCCCAGUCACUUGAACCCGUUAUUCAAAAUAUGAUCAAAUUUAUAUUAGAGAAUGCAAUGGUUUCAUUCUUAACCGAAGCGAUCGAAAUAUUAGAGUCAAUUUUAUUCAGCACGCAAAAUGUGUCUUCGUCGAUGUGGGACAUGUUCCAGACAUGCUUAGAAUCUUUUGAUACUUAUGCGUAUGAAUAUUUCGAUAAUUUUCAACCUUUUUUUGAAAGCAUCAUUAAUCAUGGUUUCACAAAAAAUGCAGUAACUAUAGAAUCCCCUCAGGUCCAAUCAUUGUUGACAAUAUGCUUCAAUAUUUUAAAAAGCGAUUCUUUAGACCCAAUUUUUGCUCAUAGCUCGUUCGAAUUGAUUGAGUUAAUUGUACUUGCAUUGAACAAUAGGUUUGUUUCAUUUUUACCAACCUUUUUGCCUGAAAUCUUUGAUGUAUUUAUUAGCUUAGAAAGUCAGGAUGCUUUCGAUGGGUACAUGCUACAUCAUUUGUCUAUUUUGAGGGUAUUAUUCGCUUGCAUAUACAUUGAUCCUUUGACAACAUUGCAACUUUUGUCAGAAAAACAGUUCAUCUCAAGUUUUUACAAAUUAUGGUUGCAAUAUUCGGGAGAUUUUCAAAGUGUCUACGGUUGCAAGAUACAGAUAUUAUCUAUUCUUUCAAUUUUGAAUGGAGAAGCCAUUUCUUUAGUUCCUCAAGAUUUAGUAAGCGAGACAGUCGAUUUAUUAAUUUCUAAUCUUGAGGCCCUUCCAGGUGCGGUGAAGGCCAGAAAUGAAAUUUUGUCUCAGGAGCAUGGGUUGAAGCAAGCUUUGGGAUCAGAUAAUGCGGAAGAUGACGACGAUGACGAAUACAAUUCUGCAUACUUUGAAGAGGAAGAUUUUGAAGCUGAUGAAGCAGAAUUGGAAGCCAUGAAGCAAACACCAAUAGAUAACAUAAAUGUGUUUGAGGUUUUCGCCACUUACAUAGUUGCAUUGCAGCAGCAAGAUCCAGCAAGAUAUCAAGCUCUAUUUGGAUCUUUGGAUCAGACUCAGCAAGAGCUCAUUACCCAAAUAGUUAGUGUAGCACAACAACAGCAAGCUCAAAAAUAA